AUGUCAGACACAAACCAGUCAUCCAUAAAGGAGUUCAUCAUUGUUGGCUUCCCAGGACUUCAGCCUCAAUACCAUUCACUUGUGGCUCUGGUUUUCUUUCUUGUCUAUGUGACCAUUUUGAUCGGCAACAUCCUGACAACUGCUUUGCUUUUCUUAGAAAGAAGUCUCCAGAAACCCAUGUAUUAUAUCAUUUUAAACCUUGCUUUGUCAGACAUAUGCUUCAGCACAGUCACUUUGCCCAAGAUCAUUGUCAGGUAUUGGUUUCAACUGAAGAGUAUUUCAUUCGUGGAUUGCUUUGUCCAGAAGCAGUUAGUACAUUAUUUUGGAACACUGAAUUCAUUCAUCAUGAUGCUGAUGGCUUUGGAUCGCUAUGUGGCAAUAUGUUUCCCUCUCAGCUACCACAUGCUGAUCACCAACAGGACAAUCUUGAUCCUUAGUUGCAUGCUAUGGCUGAUAUCCUGGAUCUUCCCCACUGUGACUACAAUUCACCAGUUAGCACUGUAUUACUGUGGGCCCAACACAAUUAAUCAGUGUUACUGUGAAUCUAAUUCUAUAACAAAAUUAGCAUGUGAUGACCCCACGUCCAGCAUGAUGGUAUCCUUUGCUUUAUCUAUGUUUGUUUUGCUGGUCCCACUGUCUUUCACCAUAUUUUCUUACAGUCAGAUCAUUAUCUCAGUCCUGAGGAUUGCAAACUCCCAAAGUCGCUAUAAAGCCUUUUCUACCUGUAGUGCACAGUUGGGUAUCAUUGCUCUGUAUUAUGUUCCUCGCUGUGUUGUGUAUGUAACAAACACACUGCGCAUUAUAAUCCGUAUUGAUUUCCAUAUCCUUCUAGUCCUGUUAUACAGCCUGCUUCCUCCUAUGUUGAAUCCACUAAUAUAUGUCAUCAGGACUACAGAGAUCAAACAGUGCUUCAUCAAAAGGUUCAGGGGUAUGAUAGUCUCUUCUGUUAGCAACUAA